AGUUCGUGACAACACAGCAGUAGCAACACACAGCCCUCGAGCAGGUCGUUUGUACAUCUUUGGGUCUUCAAAUUAGUGCAGGAUUGCACAUUAUUAUUCUAACCUUUUAGCUAAGGAAUGGGCUAGCCGUUCCGAAAGAGUGAAUCGUUUAGCACGUUUAAUUUUGUGCGCGUGAUUUAAAGGUGUUGGAACUGUCCAUGCAUUUCUAAGCAAAAUAAGACAAUAGGUGAUGUUUAGGUCUGUCACAAAGUGCCUGCUGCUGACGAGCCCCGUCAGUGCCUAUCGAAGAACAAUGUCACAGAGCAGCCUUGCUGGGAAAACGGCCAUAAUAACAGCAUCCACAGAUGGUAUCGGUCUGGCUGCAGCCGAGGCCCUUGGCCAGAGGGGAGCGCAUGUGGUGGUGAGCAGCCGUCGCCAGGACAACGUGGACAAGGCCGUGUCCCUGCUGCGCAGCAAGAACAUCCAGGUCACCGGCACUAUCUGCAACAUAGGCAAGAGUGAAGACCGCGAAAAACUUGUGCAACUGACAGUGGAGCAGUGUGGUGGAGUGGACAUCUUGGUCAACAACGCAGCGGUCAAUCCCUACUUUGGAAGCAUCAUGGACUCCACAGAGGCCGUCUGGGAUAAGAUUCUGGAUGUAAAUGUAAAAAGUGCUUUUCUUAUGACCAAACUAGUGGCGCCCCAUAUGGAGAAAAGAGGAGGAGGAUCUGUUGUGUUCGUAUCUUCAAUUGCUGGGUACCAACCAAUGCAGUUGCUGGGUCCUUACAGCGUGAGUAAAACUGCUCUGCUGGGCUUGACGCGUGCCUUGGCACCAGAGCUGGCACAAAGCAACAUCCGGGUGAACUGUGUGGCACCGGGCAUAAUCAAGACGCGCUUCAGCUCUGCGCUGUGGGCGAGUGAAGACCUGGUGGAAGAAUUCAAGAAACAAUUGGCCAUUAAAAGGCUCGGGGAGCCAGAGGACAUUGGUGGGGUGAUCGCCUUCCUGUGCUCAGAUGAUGCAGCCUACAUAACAGGAGAAACCAUUACAGUCACUGGAGGCAUGAACUGCAGACUGUAAUUGUGUGUGUGUGUGUGUGUGUGUGUGUGUGUGAGUGUGAGUGUGAGUGUGAGUGUGAGUGUGAGUGUGAGAGAGAGAGAGAGAGAGAGAGAUAGAGAGAGAGAGCGAGAGAGAGAGCACACAAAGCAGAUGGAAACUUCAAGCACUCAAAUUAGUCCUUGUGCACAGCCAAUGUCCAGGUGCUGGUGAUGUGCAGUCAAAGUAAUCCAAGGAAAAGGGGGAUGAAUCACUACACACUGGUCUGGUUCAACCCGAUGAAGCAACAGCGAAACACGUUGUUCACCUAAUAAACUACCAGCAAAGACCAGUGUCAGUGACUUAGCCCCCUUUUACUUGGAAACUUGAAGCACUCAGACUCAGACCAUACAAGAUGAGGGAUGUUCAAGCAAAGGUGUAGUUGUUUAUGUACACCACCAGAUGGCCAUAGAGAGACUGGAAUGAAUAUGAAUACUUUGUGGCGCACUUCAGAUUUGUUUUCUGCACAAAUUUGUGAAUUAACACUUUGCCCAUGUGAGGGUACAUUUUUGAACGGUUAAUCGACCUGAACAUUUCAUCCCUAGUCAUUUGAAGAAAAUAGUUUGUUACUUUAUUGUCCAAAAAAAUAAUAAACUACCUUUCUCACAGAACAAUCA